GUGGUUAUUUAACUGACGAUGGUGGAGGAUGAAGUCAGUCUGGUCUGCCGCUGAUAGCAAGUAACUCUUUAUUUGUCUGCUUACUUGAUUUAAUUUUUUUUAUUUUAUUGACAGCAGUCCACCAUUUUCUACCAGAUAAUAUCGCCAUUGUACUUCAUCUCAGUGUCGGAAACACAUUAAUUGACAAUGGCAGUCGCUCUACUGAUCCUGAUGGUCGCCAUGGUACCAACAGUGGAUUCCUGCAAAUGUAAAUUUUCCCCCGUCAUCAGUCAGCUUCAGUCUGAAGUCAACACACUAAAAUCAAAGAUUGCUCUCUUUGAUCAGCAAGUGUACUUCACGGCUACUUUUACCUCCCCUUCACUAACCGUUGGAGGCGGCACGGUGGUGUUCAACAAAGUCCUGAUGAACACCGGCGGCGGUUACAACCCUACCACCGGGGUCUUCACUGCACCUCGCCGAGGUCUCUACGUCUUCCUGGUCCAGACCUUCACCAACGGAAAGGGCGAUGCCAACUGGGAUUUGCAUGUCAACGGACAGAUUGUGCUGCGCGGAGAGUCACUUACUCAAGCUCACACCAGCAACGAGUACGUGUACCCAGUGACCCUUCAGACUGGAGACAAAGUCUCGGUCUACAGUCGUAAUCCACUGAACAUCUGGGGAACCAACCAUAGCUUCUUCGGUGGCUGGCUCAUCAAGGCUCUUCCUACUGAAAACUUUCAAUAUGUUAGGCCAAAUUAGGAGUUUUCAUAUUUUACGUACCUAACAACCGACCCCUUUGCACCAUCUAGUCUUGUUACUAUCAGAAGACAACAGGAUAUACAAAGAAAGUUGCACGCUUCAAAGAAGGGUAUGCUAUUGAAUGCUUUUGAAAUUAAUACACCAUAUUCCAAAAACAAUGUGUAAGGGAGAGUAAUUUAGCCAUUUUCUAACCAGUAUUUGUUUUCCUCUAUUAGUCACAAUGAACCUGCAAUAUUGAUACUCUAGCUGGAGAUAAUGCUGAACAUUAAACAGUUUGUGCACUUUUAUAUUAUGCUAUAGUAUGGCUGGAUAUUUCCUGUUAAAUAUUUUAUUUCACUUAAUAAAUGUUUUAUGCCCUCGUU